AUGACACUGCCCUUCCUCCCCGAAUCCCGGCCUCAAGUCUCUCGGCCUGAGCAGGCACAAGAUGAGAUAGAAGGGCCCCAGAUGGGGCGACAUUUGGUUGGUCGACAGGUGGGCGGAGUGGCUUUAAAAAAUAAAGCACUCUUUCUCAGGGACUCAUCCGGACCCGGUGCUUUGCGUUUGCCUCGGUCGAGAGGGAGUUGA